AUGAAACGAAUUGUUCCAAAGAGACAAGCUGACUCCCUUGAAAAUAUCCUUGUUGAACCGGCAUCGUUGGUACGACCACCGAGAGUCUCGUUUGGUGAUUCCCGAAGCACGGCUACUGCGAAGCAGAGUAAAAGUGUAUCCAAAAAUUUGGAUGUCUCGUCAGGUUGCUGUUUUAAAAGUUGUGAAUUCCCAAAGCGCGACACCAAUUACAAGCAUUUGAAUAUCGGCACCAGAAAAGAAUCCGGGAUGGCCCAAUGUCUAACUUGUAAUCUUCGUGAAAAACAGGUGUCUGACGAAUGGAUAUUUGUCGCUAUGGUGCUGGACCGAUUGUUUCUCAUCAUAUUUUCGGUAUUAAAUGUCGGCACAUUUUUAAUACUAAUGGAAUCGCCGUCACUUUACGAUACCCGGCGACCAAUGAAUAUCACCCAUGCGACAAAACCACUUGGACAAGGGAGCUUCGUUUUUCCUACCACGUCUCAUUUGUAG